UCAAGACUGCAUCAGGUUCUUGAUAUCAUGAAAGACACAUUUGCAUGCGUUUUCACUUCUAAUCUUUACUUUGUGCGAAAAUCAAAGUCGCGAGCUAAUGUUUAAGUGAGUACGUUAUUGGCAUUCUUUUCAUGCCGCUAGUAGUGCAAGUGCUAAGUUUUGUUUCAAAAUGUCGGGCGCAUCACCGGAAAUAGUGGUCACGCGUGCAAUGAAGGCUUUGCAGACUGGGGUGCAGCGGCUCCAGGCGCCAGUGGCGAAGGGAUUUCAGCGGGGUUCGAAGAUGCUCGGUUUUCCGACGGCAAACAUGGAAAUUAUGUGGGACCUCGAGGGCCAACCGGGCCAGCUUACGCCCGCGCAAAAAACGCUGCUCGACUUCAUGAACACACACCCGUGCGGAAUAUACUACGGGUGGUGCCAAGUGCCUGACGUAGACGAGACAGUACACAAGGCCGCAGUUUCGAUUGGUUGGAAUCCGACGUUUAAGGACGUGAAACAGAAGGUAAUCGAGCCUUGGAUUUUGCACGAGUUUGACCGCGACUUUUACGGGGCGGAAUUGCGCCUGUUGCUGUGCGGGUAUGUGCGGGAGGAAAUCGAUUUUCAAGGCAACUUUGAACUUUUGGUUAAAGCAAUCAAAGAAGACGGCGAGUUCUGUGCACAGGCAUUGGAUUCGUGUCUGGAAGCGAAAAACGACGCUUUUUUUCUUAACAGUGGAAAUAGCUGACACUGCAACCGCAGGCUUUUUACUGUAUGGGCAACAUAUCAACAGGAGCAUGGGAAUUCAGUUCUUCUUGUUUAUCUCUCUUGGUUCGCCAUUUCGAUGGAUUUUUCCUCAUGUUCAAAUCGAAUACCGUUCUACCUCGGCGGCGUUGGUUC